AUGACCGAAGUCCCCAUGGGCGACACUUCCGGCUGUCCGCCGACUUUCUCGCUCUUCCCACCGUUUCUCCCCACCGUCAUCAAGCAGCGUCUGACAUCCUCUCGCUACACACUCAUCAGAGCCGAACCUACCCCGUCUACACCCUCACAGUCAAACACAAUGUCCUUCAACUCGAACACCGCAACAGGGGCUAGUACCCCGCGCCCUUCGUCCGCCGGUAGCGCGAGCACAGCGCGGAACUCAGAUGACUCGUUCGGCGAGGAAGAUGUUAGGAAUACCAACAGGGACAUCCUGGCGGUAGGCGCAUCAGGGAACUGCGAGGUUGAUUCAGGCUUGCGCUGGAACAGAGUGAGUCCAGCACUCAACCUCCUCCGGUACGCAAACUUCGAAGCCCAACAACCAAAUUGCGAAAGCCGCCUCGUCCGCUCUCUGUACCUCGACUCCAUAACCUACCUUCUCUCCGCACUCCCCGAUGACCUAAGCAGCGACGAAACCCUAACUCUCCGCCGCAGUCUCCCAGAGAAACUAAAGCCUGCUUUCACGCCAGACACGGGCAUGGGUAUCUCUGGCUCGCCGCACCUGCAUGCUCAUGCAGCUGCUCCUUAUCCCCCGUUGCAACGCUCUUACCUCCACCGUCUUCUUGCUGCAAUACUUAAUGCCCUAUAUGAAAGACGUCUUGAUCCAUUUAUAUCGGUAUGA